GUCGUCGGACGUCCGUGUUCACGACGCUUCGCGAGUCGGUAGUGAGUGAACGAUCGUAAAUCGGAAAAUGCGCGGGUGAAAAAAAAAAAAUUGUUUUGCAAACUGAAAAUUUAACACAUCGUCGAAUCAAAUUGUGAACUCAAUAAUAAUAGUGAAGUGUGGUGAGGUUAGUGUAAAAAUAAAUAUUUGAAAAAAAAAAGAACAUCCGGAAAGUUUUUUCGCGUUUGGAAAUAGCGUUUUGUCAAUGAGAUAACUUUGAAGAUCAUGAAUCUCGUCAAUGAAAAAGGGCGUAAACAACCUACGAUCCUAUACAACGAAUGGAUGCGGCAUAGCUGAGCCAUGGGUCUAAGGGCGAUCCACUACCGAACCAUGAAUAUCAUUAGCUACAGAAUCAAAGUCGGUGUUGCUGUCAUCGUUAUAAUGGUGUUGGGGUUUUUUAAUGAGAGUCAAGUUGUUGCAGGUACAGCCCACUACGGAGAAGAUAGUGUGGGUUCCUUUCCGUACUUCGAGUACAACGUACCGAGGAAUGUGACCACAGUAGUCGGACAGACCGCCUUCCUCCACUGCAGGGUAGAGCAACUAGGGGACAAAGCUGUCAGCUGGAUCAGGAAGAGGGAUCUCCACAUACUCACAGCUGGGAUUUUGACUUACACAUCCGACCAGAGGUUCCAGGUUAUUCGGCCUGAGAAGUCAGAAAAUUGGACGCUGCAGAUUAAAUUCCCACAGGAGAGAGACGCCGGGAUAUACGAGUGCCAAGUCAACACGGAACCAAAGAUGUCUUUGGCAUUUCAGCUUAAUGUCGUUGAAGCAAAAGCACACAUCCUUGGCCCAGCAGAUCUGUACGUUAAGACAGGAAGCUCCCUGUCUUUAACUUGUAUCCUAAGUCAAGGCCCACACGAUCUGGGAACCAUAUUUUGGUAUAAGGGAUCAAACCUAAUAGAAUAUAAGGAAGUCGAGGAGAAUGAAGUUGCUGAGGAGCCCAGACUUCAUCUUAAAACGGAAUGGACGGAGCAGCUCACGUCCAGGUUGAGGAUAGACAAGCUAAUGCCAGGUGACAGCGGAAACUACAGCUGCGUGCCCACUAUGGCGGAAGCAGCUUCUGUGAACGUUCACGUCAUAAAUGGUGAGCACCCAGCAGCAAUGCAGCACGGCAACGCCAACACAGCAUCACCGUGUGCUCUAUCCGUUAAUCUUCUCAUCUCCCUAUACUGCACUUUAGCCACUCUAUACACGAACACAAUCGAUGGGCUUAGAUGA